CGCAUGCGCAGCCCAUGGUAGUGAUGGAGGAGAGAAGAUGGCGGAAGCGGAGUUUAAGGACCACAAUACAGCUAUGGAUAGUGAACCAAACCCUGGAACAUCUUCGGUAUCGACAACAGCCAGUAGCACUACCACGACCACCAUCACCACUUCCUCCUCUCGAAUGCAGCAACCACAGAUCUCUGUCUAUAGUGGCUCAGACCGACAUGCUGUACAGGUAAUUCAACAGGCAUUGCACCGCCCUCCCAGCUCAGCUGCUCAGUAUCUACAGCAAAUGUAUGCCGCCCAGCAACAGCACUUAAUGCUGCACACGGCAGCUCUCCAGCAGCAGCACUUAAGCAGCUCCCAGCUUCAGAGCCUUGCUGCUGUUCAGGCAAGUUUGUCCAGUGGAAGACCACCUACAUCCCCCACAGGAAGUGUCACACAGCAGUCAAGUAUGUCCCAGACAUCUAUCAACCUCUCUACUUCUCCUACACCUGCACAGUUAAUAAGCCGUUCCCAGGCUUCCAGUUCUACCAGUGGCAGUAUUACCCAACAGACUAUGUUACUAGGGAGUACCUCCCCUACCCUAACGGCAAGCCAAGCUCAAAUGUAUCUCCGAGCUCAAAUGCUGAUUUUCACACCCGCUACCACUGUGGCUGCUGUACAGUCUGACAUUCCUGUUGUCUCGUCGUCAUCGUCAUCUUCCUGUCAGUCUGCAGCUACUCAGGUUCAGAAUUUAACAUUACGCAGCCAGAAGUUGGGUGUAUUAUCUAGCUCACAAAAUGGUCCGCCAAAAAGUACUAGUCAAACUCAGUCAUUGACAAUUUGUCAUAACAAAACAACAGUGACCAGUUCUAAAAUCAGCCAACGAGAUCCUUCUCCAGAAAGUAAUAAGAAAGGAGAAAGUCCAAGUCUGGAAUCACGAAGCACAGCUGUCACCCGGACAUCAAGUAUUCACCAGUUAAUAGCACCAGCUUCAUAUCCUCCAAUUCAGCCUCAUCCUCUAAUAAAACAUCAGCAGAUUCCUCUUCAUUCACCACCUCCCAAAGUUUCCCACCAUCAGCUGAUGCUACAACAGCAGCAACAGCAAAUUCAGCCAAUCACACUUCAAAGUCCAACUCAAGACCCACCGCCAUCCCAGCACUGUUUACCACUCCAAAACCACGGCCUGCCUCCAGCUCCCAGUAGUGCCCAGUCACAGCAUUGUUCCCCAAUUCAGAGUCAUCCCCCUCCUUUAACAGUGUCUCCUAGCCAGUCACAGUCAGCACAGCAGUCUGUAGUGGUGUCUCCUCCACCACCUCAUUCACCAAGUCAGUCUCCUACUAUAAUUAUUCAUCCACAAGCACUUAUUCAGCCACACCCACUUGUGUCAUCAGCUCUCCAGCCAGGGUCAAACUUGCAGCAGUCCACUGCUAAUCAGGUGCAACCUACAGCACAGCUGAAUCUUCCAUCCCAUCUUCCACUUCCAGCUUCCCCUGUUGUACACAUUGGCCCAGUUCAGCAGUCCGCCUUGGUGUCCCCAGGUCAGCAGAUUGUGUCUCCAGCAUCACACCAGCAAUAUUCAACCCUGCAGUCCUCUCCAAUCCCAAUUGCAACCCCUCCGCAGAUGUCGACAUCUCCUCCAGCUCAGAUUCCACCACUGCCCUUGCAGUCUAUGCAGUCUUUACAAGUGCAGCCUGAAAUUCUGUCCCAGGGCCAGGUUUUGGUGCAGAAUGCUUUGGUGUCAGAAGAGGAGCUUCCAGCUGCAGAAGCUUUGGUCCAGUUGCCAUUUCAGACUCUUCCUCCUCCACAGACUGUUGCGGUAAACCUACAAGUACAACCACCAGCAUCCGUUGAUCCACCAGUGGGAAUGCAUUUGAACCAGUGUCAUCUGCACAAAGUUUUUUCUCUUAAGGUUUAUCAAGUAGAAGAUGUAUGUGAAGAAGAAAUGCCAGAGGAGUCAGAAGAAUGUGUCCGAAUGGAUAGAACUCCACCACCACCCACGUUGUCUCCAGCAGCUAUAACUGUGGGGAGAGGAGAAGAUUUGACUUCUGAGCAUCCUUUGUUAGAGCAAGUAGAAUUACCUGUUGUGGCAUCAGUCAGUGCUUCAGUAAUUAAAUCUCCAUCAGAUCCUUCACAUGUGUCUGUUCCUCCACCUCCACUCUUACUUCCAGCUGCUACCACAAGGAGUAAUAGUACAUCUAUGCCUAGUAGCAUACCCAGUGUAGAAAACAAACCUCCACAGGCUAUUGUUAAGCCACAGAUCUUGACCCAUGUUAUUGAAGGCUUUGUGAUUCAGGAGGGAUUGGAGCCAUUUCCUGUGAGUCGUUCAUCUCUGCUGAUUGAACAGCCUGUGAAAAAAAGGCCUAUUUUGGAUAAUCAGGUGAUAAAUUCUGUGUGUGUUCAGCCAGAGCUACAGAAUAAUGCAAAGCAUGCAGAUAAUUCAUCUGACACAGAGAUGGAAGACAUGAUUGCUGAAGAGGCAUUAGAAGAAAUGGACAGUGAGUUGCUCAAGUGUGAAUUCUGUGGAAAGAUGGGGUAUGCUAAUGAAUUUCUGCGGUCAAAACGAUUCUGCACUAUGUCGUGUGCCAAAAGGUACAAUGUUAGCUGUUCUAAAAAAUUUGCACUUAGUCGUUGGAAUCGUAAGCCUGAUAAUCAAAGUCUUGGGCAUCGUGGCCGUCGUCCAAGUGGCCCUGAUGGGGCAGCAAGAGAACAUAUCCUUAGGCAGCUUCCAAUUACUUAUCCAUCUGCAGAAGAAGACUUGGCUUCUCAUGAAGAUUCUGUGCCGUCUGCUAUGACAACACGCCUGCGCAGGCAGAGUGAGCGGGAAAGAGAGCGUGAGCUUCGGGAUGUGAGAAUGAGGAAAAUGCCUGAGAACAGUGACUUGCUACCAGUUGCACAAACGGAGCCAUCUGUAUGGACAGUUGAUGACGUCUGGGCCUUCAUCCAUUCUUUGCCUGGCUGCCAGGAUAUCGCAGAUGAGUUCAGAGCACAGGAGAUUGAUGGACAGGCUCUUCUCUUGCUAAAAGAAGACCAUCUUAUGAGUGCAAUGAAUAUCAAGCUAGGCCCGGCCCUAAAGAUCUGUGCACGCAUCAACUCUCUGAAGGAAUCUUAAUGGGAUCAUGAGGCUUUGAGAUAACAGCAGUUUUAUUCUUAAACAAACUUGUAAGGUAAAGGCUCAAGUUGGCCUACAAUAUUAUCACUUAUUGUGAUGGAUAGCCAAGCACAUUGGGAUCUCUGCAUUAAGGCUGACAUUUCUUCUACAGAUAUAAUAAUUCAUUAUAUUGAUACAUUUUCAUAAUUAGCUAACAUUGGUGAAUUAAUUUUACAGGUUACACACAACAUUGAAAGACUUGUUAUAGAGGGCCAUGAUAUUUUUCAAAGUGU